GGGGGCACGGGGCAGCCACAGGCUCUGCAGAGCUUUCUCAUGACACCUGGCCAGCCCCUGCAUGCAGGAAAUGGGAUUCUCCUGUUCAUGAACAGUAUAAACCAAGAACACAUCUUACAAGUGGUGCCAUUCAUUUUGGAGAUGUUUUAAUCACAUCCAGGCAGCUGUGCUCUUUGUGUGUAGGUGUGAGGAACUUACAGGGUCUAGGAGGUCGCUAUGGACUCCUCAUUUACAGAAGAGAAAAAGCAAAUGAACCCGCCACUCACUGGUGGUGACAUGGAGAACGAGUCUGAGAAGGACACAGACCAGACAGCUGAAACCAGUGAGCCUCCAGAGCACAUGUCGCUGGCUGACGCCUCAGCAGAGAAGGCCACGAAAGGCUCUGACACUGACCUAGAGGCUGAAGAUCCUGAGAAGGCCUUUAGGAGCAUUAGGGGCACAGAGCUGUACUUGGAAGCAUGCAGGCUGGUGGAGGUGGUUCCUGUCUCAUAUUUUAUUCAGAACUUGGACAAGCCUUAUAUAAACCUGAACCACCAUGGUCUAGGACCCAAAGGUGUCAAAGCCAUUGCUAUUGCUCUGGUGUCCAACACAACAACCACCCAUCUAGAGUUGGAAGACAACUGUAUUCUGGCAGAAGGAGCCAUAUGUUUAGCAGAGAUGCUACGAGAGAAUUCCUCCCUUCAAGUACUGAACAUCUCCAACAACCAUCUAGACACAGCAGGAGCUGAAGCCAUCACCAGCUUGCUUUUGGAUAACGUGUCCUGCCUCCAUACUCUUCAGCUCUCAGGAAACAACUUUGGAGAAGAGGCUGCACUGUAUUUUGCUGAGGCAUUAAUGAGCAAUUACCAAGUGAAGAAGCUGGACCUCAGCCACAAUGAGUUCCAUGAGAAGGGAGGACAGCUUCUGGGACAAAUGCUCGCCAGCAACACAAAACUGGAGUUUUUGGACCUGAGCUGGAACCACCUGAAGAGGAAGGGGGCAGUAGGACUGAGCGUAGGUCUCAGGGUCAAUGAUGCACUGAAAAUACUCAACCUUUCUUGGAAUGGCAUUGGCAACGAGGGAGCACUGGCCCUAGGAGAAGCUCUCAAACUCAAUAACGUGCUGGUUCACCUGGACAUCAGCAACAACAAGAUCAACAAUGAGGGAGCCAAGAGGCUCUGCAGAGGCCUUGAAGUCAAUGGAAAUCUCAAAAUCCUGAAGAUGGCAAAUAAUCCCCUGACCGUGGAAGGUGCCACUGCACUAGUCGUGUCUGUUAGAAAGAACGCCAAAUCCAUGAUGGAGGAGAUCAACAUCUCAAAUGUGUUGGUGAACGAAAAUUUCAUUAAGUUGCUGGAUGGGGUGUAUCAAAUGCAUCCUGAACUAGAUGUCAUCUAUGAUGAAGUCGAAGGCUGUAUCUCCAAGAUCCCCAAGCAGCAUCCAAAUCCCAUGAAACUGAUUCAGAACUAUUUGAAAGCACACAACCUACAACUCUGGGACUUUUUUAGGAAAAUUGACAAGGAUGGAAACAUGAAGAUCCCUGUGGCAACCUUCCGAAGAGCCAUGAUGCAGCAAUCAAGAAUCCCACUGGAUCGAGUACAAAUUGGGGAACUAGUGCAUAAGCUAGACCGGAAUCGGACAGGGUUUGUGGACUAUAGUCACUUAAAAGAGCAGAAGACAGCACAGAAGCUUGAGGAAGAGGAAACUGAGGAGGAAAACAAGGAAAAGCCAUAAAAAUGAAGCAAGAAGGCAGGUCAGACAGUGAAAGAUUGUAGAAUAAAUACUGGAAGAAAGCUCAGGGUGGCCCUGGGCUUGGGGAGGCUCAUCCCUGGGGAGCUCUAAUAGUCCGAAUUAUUUGAUGUAGAAAUAAAGUUGAUGUUCCCCUACACAGCAGGUACCCAU